GAGGAGCAGGGGAGAGGAAGAGGAGCGUCCGGACUAACCAUGGCCACGGCCGACAGUGCUGUGAAACCCCUUCAAAAUGCCAUGAAAAUGGCCAAGGUAGCAAUACAGCUGGACGGAGGGAGCCAACAUAAGGAAGCUUACUGUGAAUACCUUCGGACCAUCAAUUACAUAUCACAUGCACUUUUGGAGGAAGCUGGGUCACAAAAGGAGAGGGAGAUGGUAGCGGUGGAGGUGGAGCGGAUGCUGAGGCUGGCUGAGCAGUGCCUGGAGCGAGCCAAGUCAUUUAUAGAGAAGAGCGCUGACCCCACUGACCUUUCUGCUACUGCCUCCUCUUCCUCUUCCUGUUCACCUGCCCAGUCACAACCCCAUCAGCCUGCGUCCCUCCCAGUUACCAUGGCUGCAAACACUGCUACAGGGCGUAAAGCAAGCAGCCCAACAAAGAGCGGUCACCGCAGGGUGCUGUCGGACGGUGGUGGGGAGCUCUCCCCUUUUCUCCCCCCUGAGGUCUUCCAGAAACUACAAACAGUGGAGUCACAUGACACAAGCAGAAAGGAGCUGACACCCAUUGAACAAGCUUCACGUAUGAACCAGAAGUUGAAAGCCAAUUAUGAGGCUCGUCUGGCGAGGCUCACACCCGGUCAGGCCUAUCAGAAGACGUCUUUGAAGCUCUCGCUCCAGCGGCAGAUGAUGGAGAACCUCAUCAUAGCCAAGGCCAGGCAGGAUGCUCUCCAGAGGAAGAUGGAGGAGAGAAGACUAAGGCUGCAGGAAGAGGCUAACAGGAGAUUUGCAGCAUCUGGGGCGAUGACUGCAGAGGAGCAAGAACAGCGGACUCUCUAUACCAAUGUGCUGGAAUAUGAGCAGGACCAUGAUUGGCCCAAACGGUGGAAAGCAAACAUCAAGGAGAAUCCUGGUGAUGUCACGUUAGUGUCACGUCUAGUCUCCUACCUGCUCAGCCGGUCUGACCACCCUGUGGUCAAACUGCUGAGGAAACACCAGUAUCGGAUUUACAACAGGCUCUACCCCAUCGUCAGUAAAGGCCUCCCCCAGAGUCCUGCCCUGCUGCUGAGACCUUCCCGCAGCACUCACAACCUGCUCCAUCCAGAGACGCAGAGGAGGUCAACCAGUACUAUGAGCAGUAGCAUUGGUGGCCAGAGCUUCGGCAGCGGCCUGUCGCUCUCCCCCUCGCUCCCUCAUGACCUCCACACUGGCUGCGAGGACAAGGAGGAGGGGGAGGAGCCGCACGCACAGGUGACGGUGGACCGGGAGAACUCGUUUGAAGAUCUCGAGCAGUUUCUGACCCAGCUGGACUGGGCCCCGCCUGACGUCAGAACCGAUGAUUCGGGCUCGGAUUCAGAGCUGACCUGUGAUACCUCAACGCUGAGCGAGGGCCACGUACAGGAGCUGGAGAUGAGAGCACUCAAAGAACAUCUGAAGGCCACUGUCAAAGACAUUCAUAUUGCAAUUGAUCAGCUUCUGUCCCUGUGUCUGCUGUCCUUUGAGUGUCUGAACACAGCCAGCUCUAAGGACCUGUGCCUUGCCAGCAUUGAGGAAGCCUUCUUCACGCCCCUGUGGAGCGCCCUGGUGGCUCUUUUCAGGAAGGUCUACAGGGAAAGAGAGCAGGCCUUUGAAAUGAGUAUGAAACUGUACCAGGAUGCCUCACCUGGCGAUGUUGGUGUUCCCUCGAAACUGUUCCCCCAAGAACCUGACAUACUGCAAGGUUCCUACCCCUACGAGUCUGCUGUGCAGGAGCUUAAGCUUCUCGUGAAAGACUGCUGUCCACAGAGGAAGUUGGAAUGCAUUGUGAGGACAUUACGUGUGAUAUGUGCCUGUGCUGAGGAUUACAGGGGUCUCCAUGAGGUGGACUCUGCACCCAAAACCGCUGCCAUCGGUGCAGAUGACCUGUUGCCCAUCCUGUCCUUCGUGGCUCUGCGGUGCCAGUGUCCUCAGCUGGUGUCUGAAUGCGCUGCUUUGGAGGAGUUCAUUCACGAAGGCUAUUUGAUAGGAGAGGAGGGCUACUGUCUGACCUCUAUGCAGAGCGCCUUGGCCUAUGUCGAGUCUCUGCACACAGGAGGAGCUCACCAUCCUGCAGACAAGCUCCUAUGAGAAAGCCUGCUGCAACACUUUUCAUCCCACGUUCCCUGCUGCUCCACAGAGAGACAACGGCUGAACCUGCAGCUCCCUGCGAGUCCUGCAGAUCCAUGUAGUCUUGUACAAACACAGUACGUGGUUUACAGCAGAGGACUGAACCAGAACCUGUGAGUCAUUCCUAACAGAAUCAGACCCUGUGUGGGGUCAGACGGGGCUGGAUUGGUAAAGGGAUUUCUGUAUGUGGGUCAGAUUGGACUUGUCUUAGGGAAACUUUGAAAGUGAUGCCACUGAUUGUAAGAAUGCUUACAAAGGAAAACUCUACCUGUGGUUUACAAGUAUUUUCUAUUUUUUUCUCAUCAGACAGGAAACGAUUCAGAUCUGUGAGAA